UUCCCGGCGCCGGGCAAUUUAGAGCCGCACGCCGGGCGGGAAUGUAAGAUGGCGGAGUAGCAACGUGAAGCGGUAAGCCCUUGAGUCUGUGUGCCGACUUCGGUUUUCGGUAUCGGCAGCAACAGUGAACGCUGAGCGGAGAGUGCCUACGGUGGUUGGCCAAGAUGCCGAAUAUUAAAAUCUUCAGCGGCAGUUCCCACCAAGACUUAUCCCAGAAAAUUGCUGACCGCCUGGGCCUGGAGCUAGGCAAGGUGGUGACUAAGAAAUUCAGCAACCAAGAGACCUGUGUGGAGAUUGGUGAAAGUGUACGUGGAGAAGAUGUCUACAUUGUGCAGAGCGGCUGUGGCGAAAUCAAUGACAAUCUAAUGGAACUUUUGAUCAUGAUUAACGCCUGCAAGAUCGCUUCCGCCAGCCGGGUUACUGCAGUCAUCCCGUGCUUCCCAUAUGCCCGGCAGGAUAAGAAGGAUAAGAGCCGGGCUCCAAUCUCAGCGAAGCUUGUUGCAAACAUGCUCUCUGUAGCAGGUGCGGAUCAUAUUAUCACCAUGGACCUGCAUGCCUCUCAGAUUCAGGGCUUUUUUGAUAUCCCAGUGGACAAUUUGUAUGCAGAGCCAGCAGUCCUGAAAUGGAUCAGGGAAAAUAUCUCUGAGUGGAGGAACUGCACUAUUGUCUCCCCCGAUGCUGGUGGAGCUAAGAGAGUGACCUCCAUCGCAGACCGGUUGAAUGUGGACUUUGCUCUGAUUCACAAAGAACGGAAGAAGGCCAAUGAAGUAGACCGCAUGGUGCUGGUGGGAGAUGUGAAGGAUCGGGUGGCCAUCCUGGUGGAUGACAUGGCCGACACCUGCGGCACGAUCUGCCACGCGGCUGACAAACUUCUCUCAGCUGGAGCCACCAGAGUUUAUGCUAUCUUGACUCAUGGAAUCUUUUCUGGCCCGGCCAUUUCUCGCAUUAACAAUGCAUGCUUUGAAGCAGUAGUCGUCACCAAUACCAUACCUCAGGAGGAUAAGAUGAAGCAUUGCUCCAAAAUACAGGUGAUCGACAUCUCCAUGAUCCUUGCCGAAGCCAUCAGGAGAACUCACAAUGGGGAGUCCGUUUCCUACCUGUUCAGCCAUGUCCCUUUAUAACAGAAUUAUUGCUGAGGCUUUUUACAAAUAAAGUGAACCCCCACCCCUUGUU